AUGCCGAAGAGACCAUUAUCUGAAGCCCUAAAGAGACCAUUAUCAAAGACCCUAAAGAGACCAUUAUCUGAGGUCCUAAAGAUACCAUUGUCAAAGACCCUAAAGAGACCAUUAUCUGAAAUACCAUUGUCAAAGACCCUAAAGAGACCAUUAUCUGAGGUCCUAAAGAUACCAUUGUCAAAGACCCUAAAGAGACCAUUAUCUGAAGCCCUAAAGAUACCAUUAUCUGAAGCCCUAAAGAGACCAUUAUCUGAAGCCCUAAAGAUACCAUUAUCAAAGACCCUAAAGAGACCAUUAUCUGAAGCCCUAAAGAUACCAUUAUCAAAGACCCUAAAGAGACCAUUAUCUGAAGCCCUAAAGAUACCAUUAUCAAAGACCCUAAAGAGACCAUUGUCUGAGCCCUAA